UAUUUUUGUUUUAAGGUUUUGUUAUUUACCAACUUAACAUUAAUUAGCAAGCAAAACAGCUAACAGGAGCUAAAUCCUAAGGGCAAUGUAUAGCACAUUGGAUAAUGAAGUGAAUCAAUUAUAAAUUAGUCUCUCUCUCUCUCUUUCUGAGCCUCGAUGCCACCGCUCUUACAUUAAUCCAUUAUUAUCUAUAUGUUCCAACAUGCCUAAUCUUUUUCCUUUUUCUCUUCUCUUUCUUUUCCUCUUUCCAUGGCUACUCACUUCAAUCUGCAACACCAACUAUUUAACUACUCAUCCGUGGGAUUAGAUAUCAGACAAAGAACAACGGCUUAUGCCAAUUCAAAUGCAUUAUAUGAGAGAAACAACAAUUCUUUGAAUAGUGGCCUGCUAGUUGGAUCUCUGUCUGUAUGUUACACAUCCUUAAAGAAGUGCUCAUCAUUGGCAGCAUCAACUAAGGCUCAUUUUUCCUGUACUGAUGAUCAAAGCAAAGAAGCAGAUGAGGUUACCAAUGUUACAUCCACUAGUCAGGGAAUGAAAUUUAAUAGGGUGGAUUGUGUUGUGUGGUUAUUGCAUGAAUCUUCCAGGAGCUUUUCCGAAGCAAUCAACUCGCUCGGACUAGCAAGGAGUGGUCCAGCUCUUGCAAUGGCUUGGAUUGGGAAGGAUGUGCAUGAAUGGCAUAGACGUAUUGCUUAUCAGGUUGCAGUUCAUGCUUUAAUUAAAGCAGCAAUUGGUUUGGAGAUAUUGCUUUCACAUGAACGGCUAAAUGAAUUUUCCCCUGUUAAAGAGAUUCUGAGCCCAAUAAUGAAUCAAAUAGGAGAGCACAUUGAAAUUCGACUGAAAAUGAAGCAUCCGUAUUUGGUGCAGUGGUUUAGAGAGACUGAAAUGCCACGAAUAGCUGGAUAUUUUAUUCCACUUCUAAAAAAGUGGUCUGUGGAAUAUGCAGGAAGCGGUAUUGCAGGAAUUAUUGUGGCUAUAACCUGUUGUAGUGCAGUGGUGAAAUUGGGCGCUAGGCGCAUCUGCUGCCCCUUACUUGUAUUGUCUCUUGAAGAUGUUUUGGUCAAGCUCAUGGAUUUCUCACUCAAUCUUGCACCUGUGGACAAGUUACACCGGUUAGCAACUGAGGCGGGAUUUGAACUGAAUUUCUUGUCCCAUUUUGGUGGGAAGGUCUUUCCCAAUGAGAAAACUGAGGACCUAGAGUUUUUGAUUGGUUUGGCCCAUAAGAAAUUAUUGAAAGCUUUCUGUGAAGAAAGCAUCACUUCAAAGAAGCAAAAUUUUCAGCAAAAGAUACAAGCAGAUAGCUUGGCCACAUUGGGACUUUUUACAUAUCUUGGAAGAAGGACUAGAAUAUUUUUGUCAGCAAUGGGCAUUAAGGAUCUUGACGGAGUAAUUAUGAACUUCCUCAGUUACUUGGAAUGUGGAAUUCUUUUUGUUUAUCCAGAAUUUUCCUCCAUUCGAGUGUAUCAGUGUUUCAUGGAGGUGGUAACUGAUGAGAUAGGAUGGCUUGAUUUUUAUGGUUCAUAUGUUCAAAUAAAUUGCAAGGAGAAAAGGUCUAAACAUAAUGCUCGCCAGGCAGAGAAAGAGAUAAUUUCUUCUGUAGUGUUUACUGUGUGCUAUGAUGUUUUCUCUGGAUUUGCACACUUCAAUCGCUCAACUCAACAAUCAUUGGACACAGCUUCGCGCUCAUACUUGCUUCGUUGUCAGGGUUUGUUAAGUAUUUGUCUGCAAUAUCACUGGGCUGCUUAUGACAAUUCAGGUGAAUCACUAAAUACUGCGGAUCAUGCUGCAUUUGACAACCAUACAUCAUAUAUGGGAAGUAUAAAUGGACCCAAGUUACCUCUGGUGUUUGAAGUGCAGCAGAUGCCACAUGAUUUAACUACAGAAGGAUGUCCAAAGAACAAUUUUCAAAACAGUUGUAUAUUCAAUAAGGCUCCAAUUUCAGCAAUCACGAAUAAGAAAACAUACGAGGAAGAUACCUGUGUCGACAAGUCAAAUCCUCAGCAUGAAAGUUUUAUCAAGAGAUACAGCAUCAAGUUGGCAUCCACAAGUGCAGACCUCUGGAUGGGUAUUGUAUUGCUCUUCAUAGACAUUAUGGUUGCUUUAGAAAUACUUGUAAGGCAAGUGCACGGCUGCAAGGCUUCCGGGAGUCAAAGAAAGAGACUAAACAGAACCAUGACUGACAUUAUUGUGCUAAUUCCAGUGACAAUCUUGAUGCUAAUUCCUGUAACAGCUGUAGGCCAUGCAGCUAUUCUAGCAGCUAUCAAGAAGUAUAUGCCAUGCUUGAUCCCAUCCUCUUUUUCUUCAGAGCGGUUGGAUGUUGUAAAGCAAAUAAAGCGAACUAGAGAGAUGGGUUAUCAGUUACAUUUGGCUCAGUUUGACCUUGAAGAUCAACCAGCAACCACUUCUUGACUAUGAACGAGUCUCGGUUGCAUUUGGUUCAGUGCUUAAUCAUUCGAAUUAAACUUAGUAGUGAUUAGUUCAAACCUUAGAGUCGCUAAUAAUUGCAAAGAACUUCCAAGUUGCAUCAGUACCCAAAGAGUUUAGGUAUAUUUGGAUAGCCGUUAUAAAAGAUAUUUUUGGGUGCUGAACGUACUUUUGGAGGAUACUCUUGUAUCUUUUGUUCUGAACGGGCUUUUGGAAGGAGUGUAAAAGUUAUCCAAACAUGCACCUAGUCUGCAAUGUCGGUGAGAAUACCAUUGAUUAUAGACAAAAGAAUACGCCUAAUAUUCAUCUAUCUAUUGAUUUUCUAAUAAAUAGAUGAUCGCAUUAUUUAAA